UCCACACCUACAAUUAAAAAAACAAAUAAAAGCGAAAAAAAAGCGAGACAUCGAUUUAAAAUAUUUGAGUAUAAUUGAUGAAUUAAAUUAUGUGGAAUGAAGAGUAUUGAGAAAGAGGAUAAGGAACGAGCUAUAUAAUUGGCGUGCAUCGUGCAUCGUGCAUCGUGCAUGUGUACAGGAAACACGUGGUUGUAUUCUGAGGCUUUCGCGCAGUGUCGACGCGUCUUCUUCAAAAGUAGAUAUAUAUUCAUAUGCAGCCAGUCCAGACAGUAUCUCAAUGUCUCCACGUACAUCCACAUUAUGGUACACGGCUAAAUAACAAAAAUAGAGCGAAAUUGAGAUGAAACACUGAGUGGGUAGAGACGUGUAUUGGAAUAUUAUGCAAUCUGGAGUCGUCAUUAAUCCGGUAUUUAUUGUUAAUUAAAUAAUUGGAGAUUUUUUGUGGAACUUAGUGUCGCGAGUAAUAGUAAGGAGUGGAGAUAUCCUUAAUCGCGAAUUAUCACGUGGGUCUGGGAAAACGCGGAGAUUGAGCGAUUGCGCUUGGCACAUAACCUGACAAUCGAGCAACAUUUGUUUGUGAGGUAUUUUUUUCAGUCAUAAGACUCAUUCUCCUCAUCCUCCGCCCUGGGAGUCAAAGUACAAAUACUAGAUAGACUAUAAUUAGUCGAGUGAACUAUAAUUACCUUGACAUUAUCUUUGGUUUAUUACCCUGGGUGAAUAAUACAUAAUUUACUUUUUUCAUCGCCAAAUUAGUCAGCUGUAUUCGUAAUUAGGAGAAUUUUAGAGCAGGUGAAUUGACCAGUUGAGGAAUCGUUUGCAUUACCGAGAGAAUCACGAAACAUUUGGUGAAGUGUCAAAAAAUCCAGAGGUUACCACCAAAAUUGUGAAAGAAUAUUUUUUUUAACAAGGCAAGGUUGAAUAGACCUGUUCAUCAUGAUUGUCGAAGAAAAACUUGAAAUGGAGGGUUUUUGGAUGAGUGGGGCAAUCACAGCGAUAAAGGCCCUGUCUUAUGUCUAUGAUUUCUUAACAUUUCCCGUGUAUUUAAUUCUCCAACGUCCUUGGGAAAAGAGGAAAUUGUCAAGGAGAGUUAAGGCAAGGGUAAUCGCUAAGGACGACAACUCAAUAACAUAUAGGAAUACCGAUGAUCCGUCACCAAUACACAUUAAACUCGAGCGUCAAAAUAUCGAUACACUUGAGAAAGUUUUACGAUACGCAGUGGAAACUCACCGAGGAAAAAAAUGCCUGGGUACGAGACAAAUUCUCGCUGAAGAGAACGAAGUCCAACCCAAUGGUCGAGUAUUUAAAAAGUACAAAAUGGGUGAAUACAAGUGGAAAAGUUAUACAGAAGUUGAGAGAUUGGCGGCAUCAUUCGGUCGUGGUUUGAGGGAACUCGGUAUGACCAAGAAGAAGAACAUUGUUAUAUUCGCCGAAACAAGGGCAGAAUGGAUGAUUGCAGCACAUGCAUGUUUCAAACAGGAUCUAUCCGUUGUCACUAUUUAUGCUACACUCAGUGACGAAGCUAUUGCACAUGGGAUUAAUGAAACUGAAGUUGAUACUGUUAUAACGAGCCACGAAUUACUCCCGAAAUUCAAGAAUUUACUGGCCAUGAUACCCGCUGUGAAGAAUCUUAUUUACAUGGAGGAUCAAUUGGUAGCAUGUGAUACUCAUGGAUUUAAAGAUAAUGUCGUUAUCAUGCCAUUCUCGGAUGUUGUUAAGAGAGGAAACACAUCGACUGUUGAAUGUGUUCCACCCAAAGCAGAGAAUAUUGCCAUAAUAAUGUACACCUCGGGCUCAACAGGAAUUCCAAAAGGUGUACUGUUGUCUCACAAGAACAUGGUGUCGACUCUUAAGGCAUUCUGCAGUGCUGUUAGAACCCAUGAUGAAGAUAUAUUUUUUGGAUUUUUGCCUCUUGCUCAUGUGUUUGAACUGCUAGCUGAGAGUGUGGCUAUAUUAGCUGGAGUUCCAAUUGGCUACAGUUCACCAUUGACAAUGAUUGAUUCGAGCAGUAAAAUAAUGAGAGGAUGUAAAGGUGAUGCAGCUGUUCUCAAACCAACAUGUAUGACCGCUGUACCUCUGAUUCUUGAUCGAAUUUCAAAGGGGAUUAAUGAAAAAGUUAAAAAAUCUGGAGCACUGAGUCAAGCAAUUUUCAAUUUCGCCUAUCAGUACAAACUCAAGUGGACGAGGAGGGGCUACGAUACACCUCUCUUCGAUCGAUUAAUUUUUGGCUCAGCGAGACAAGUACUUGGUGGUAAUAUUCGACUUAUUCUGUCUGGAGGUGCUCCACUCACACCGGAGACCCAUACUCAGGUGAGAAUUUGUUUGUGUGUCGCUGUAAUACAGGGCUAUGGCCUCACUGAAACGUGCUCAUCGUCAACUGUUAUGGAUUAUUACGACAGAAGUACUGGCCGAGUUGGUGCACCAGUUAUUGGUUGUGAUAUUAGACUGGAAAAUUGGGAGGAAGCUAGUUAUAGAGUUACUGAUAGCCCAUAUCCAAGGGGCGAAAUUAUUAUUGGUGGGGACAAUGUUUCUCAGGGAUAUUAUAAAAUACCUGAAAAGACUAAAGAAGAUUUCUUCUUCGAAGACGGAAAACAGUGGUUCAGGAGUGGAGAUAUUGGUGAGGUACAUCCCGAUGGUUGCAUUAAAAUUAUUGAUCGUAAAAAAGACUUGGUUAAACUACAAUUUGGCGAAUACGUUUCUCUCGGUAAAGUUGAGGCUGAAUUAAAAACUUGUCCGUUAGUUGAAAAUAUUUGUGUAUAUGGUGAUCCACACAAAACCUACACAGUUGCACUUGUUGUACCAAAUCCUCGACUCCUCGAGGAAAUAGCUGUUAACCUUGGCAUUACCAAUGCCAGUCUGGAAGAGCUCUGUGAAAAUCCAGCCAUGGAGAAAGCCGUUCUACAAGAGUUACUCGAGCAAUCUAAGAAAUCCCAUCUGCAAAGGUUUGAAAUGCCAGGGGCUGUCAAGUUGUGCUCAGAGCAGUGGUCACCAGAUAUGGGUCUCGUUACAGCAGCUUUCAAGCUCAAGAGGAAAGCAGUCCAAGAGCGCUAUCAACACGAGAUUAAUCGAAUGUAUGCAUCGUGAUGUUCAGCCAGAUGCCUUAAAUGCACCAAUAAAACUUCCAGUGACACGCGAAGAAAAUCUUAAGGCCAAACUUGGCGUGCGCUAUUGCCACAAUUUAUGGCACAACCAAAGCUCAGAUUAUUUUUCGGUCAGUUUUCGUACUUGUAGCAUUCACAUUUUUUUUCUUUCUUUCAACGGACAAAUAGAAUGUGCACAGGUGGAGGCAAUCCGAUAAAACGUAACCGGCAAAAAUAUUUCUGCUGGUUAUCAGACCUAAUCUUAAUUUCCAGUUUUUUUUUUAUCAAGUAUCAAGAAACUCAAAUGUCGGGUAAUGAUGAACGAAGAACAUAAUAAUUUUUUUCAAAGACUUAUCCUCAGUUGAAUUGAAUACAAAAGCACACAAGGAUUAAUUCAGUUUGUUUUUCCUACUUUUUAUUAAUCCUGUAUCAAACUUCCACAAUUGUUAUACUCAUGUUGAGAAUAAAACUAUUCAUUUUAUCGGUAUAAAUAAUAUCACGUUGCUCCCAAUAGAGUCGAAUACAAAUCAUACACUAUAUAUUUUUGAUCGAGCUUUUGAAUUCUAUCAUCAAAUAGAAUUCAUUUAUUUUUUUAAUAAUAUCACAGUCCCUGGAGCAGUCGCGGUAACAGUAAUUGUUGCAUAUUCGUUUUGUUUAAUGGAUUUGCUGUGUUUACAAUGAAAUGGAAGGAAAAAUGUUGAUUAAAUUCAAUAAUUGUUGAUGUCGCAAUACUUUAUAAGGUUUCCCAGCUUUUUAGAUAUAACGAAAAAUGGUGCAAGACAAUUGAUCAUUCAAAACAAUUGUCAACAUUUUUUUUUUCCUACUUAUUACAAUUGUUUACAAUUGAUUUUUUCUUCUUUAAUUUUUUAACAGAUUUUGAUGCAUUCUCGCACAAAUUUCGCACAAGUUAAAUUGUCCGCGUACAAUAAAUUAGUAGUUCCAUAAAAUACAAGGUUUCGGUGGUUCAGAAAAAUUUUCAUUUGUUUGAAGAAUUUUUCGAUACUCGAAGAGUACCAUUGAUACAUUUUAGUUUACCCUCUUACAAGUUGAAAUUGCCUAAUGCAUGUGAUUUUGAAUGUGUACGAGUCGGUCUUACAAAUAUGGCAUAUGAUUGUUACUUCAACUUUACUGAAUGAACGAGUGAAUGAGAAAAGUGGGUAAUUUUAAUUCGGAAAGUACAAACUCAUUUCUCAGGGUGAGGAAAUCAUGGGAAAUGAGAAGUUUAUGCCAAUUUCCUGGAGACCCCGCAACAGCAUUCUCUUGGUUAUUCAUCAGUAAUCAUAAUUCAUGAAAAA